AUGGAUAGGGAAAGCCACGAAACGACUGUCGUUCAUUCCUCCAUAGCUCUACUGCAAGAAAGGUUUAGAGAGCUGCAGAAAGUGAAGGCCAUGAGAGAGGAGAGAGAGAUUUCGAGAAUGCUAGCUCUCUCCACUGACUCCGAACCAAAGCAGUUCACGGCGAUGGAUAGAAAUCCCACCAUGCUAAAUCUUUUCCACUUUGAUCAUAUUGUCCAUGGUCGCAGGACGUCAGCAUCCGGAGGUUCUCUGUCCCUGUGGCCGACAUUGCAGAGCAAGCAUGUGGACUGUCCGCAAAGGAAAACUGAGACGCUGCUUUUGAUCAACUUAUGGCCAACUUUUACAGACGACACCUCGUUAAAAAUCUGUUCAAACAAAUUUGAAGACUCGAUUCCUAAUUCUGGCUCUGAUGUAGAUACUUCUCUUCAUCUGUAA